ACGUGUAACCUCAGCGGUGACACCACCAGUGCAAAGGUUCGUGCGUAAAGACGCGUGUAUACCUGGAACCAGGAUAACUGUCUCUCCUCCCAUGAAGAACAAACCGCAAAACACUCUGGAGUUAUUUCGUGAUCCGCUAAAGUACAGACUCUGUGUCCGACGCCGGGCUGCCGUACAGCACCACACAAAUAGCAGCGCGUCUUUUGGAUCAUCAUUACGCAUAAUCUCGACGGGUUACUCGGAGGGUUUUUUUGGUUGAGCCAACAUCAUGACAGACAGCGCCGGUUGCGAGUUCGAGAUCGACGUGGAAGGACUGGAGACGGAGAGCGACGACCAAGCCGAGUCCUCCGGCUCCACGGUGUCCGGUGCCGCGGAGGAAGACGAUGAGGUCGGACGCAUCGAGGACACCAGGGCCCCCAGCAACAGCAACAGCAGCAGCAGCAGCGUCCCUGGCCCAGGGGACCAAAGGAAACUAAGCCGGACGCCAAAAUGCGCGCGGUGCAGAAACCACGGCGUGGUGUCUUGCCUGAAGGGCCACAAGCGCUUCUGUCGCUGGCGGGACUGCCAGUGUGCCAACUGCCUGUUGGUGGUGGAGAGACAGCGGGUCAUGGCGGCACAAGUAGCACUCCGGAGACAGCAAGCCACGGAGGACAAAAAGGGGAUUACUGGGAAGCAUAUGCCAUCAGAAAGGAGGACGAUAUAUCAAAGACAAAUUCGACCAUCAAGCAUGCUCGCCAAAAGUAUUCUUGAAGGCUACCGCCCGGUCCAGUCCGACCCCUACCUGUCGGGCGGCUCUUCCUCCCUCCCGCCCCCGCUGAGCGACCGCAUGCGGAAGAGGCGGGCCUUCGCCGACAAGGAGCUGGAGAGCAUCAUGCUGGAGCGAGAGUACAAGGAGCGGGACCUGAUGGAGAACGGCCCGGCCUCCGCCUCCCUCCACUUCCCCGGGGGCAUGGUGCACCACCGCCACCACCACCACCACCACCACGCCGCCGCCGCCGCCGCCGCCGCCGCCGCCGCCGCCGCCGAGUACAACUCCUACAAGACGGCCUACUCGUCGGGCCCCACCAUGGAGCCCCAGCUGCCGUCCCACAAGGAGCUCUGGGGGGUGCUGAGCCCCGGCUGCCUGGAUGUGUCCAUGCAGUACGCCGCCGCCGCCGCCGCCGCGGGCGCCGCUAACCUGGAGCUCAUCUCCUCCAACGAGCGUGGCCACCACCUACCGCCACUACCCCCUGGGGCACGGGCCCCGCGGGGGGCCUCUGGCGGGGGGCUGGUGAUGUGGCCCCGCGGAGCCGUGCCCCCCGCCGCCAGCCUGGGCGACGCGCUGGUGUACCAGCAGUGCCUGCUCAACGCCAGCGCGCUGCAGAACAUGAAGCCCGGCGCGGCCUGGGAGCCCCGGGGCCGGCCCGCCGCCGGGGGCCCGCCCUCGCCAAAGCAGGACGUCGGCGGCGUCGCUAAGCUAGAGGCGCCGCCGCCGCCGCUUCGGGCGGCAGCGCCGCAGCACUCCCCCGCGGGCCCCGCCCCGUCGCAGGGGGAUGCCCCCCACCAGGGAUCGAACCAGGGCCCGAGGAGAGAGUGCUCGGCCUUCUCGCCCCCCAAGCGGGCCCCCUUCGAGCAGACGUUCCCCGAGCGCCCGGGCGGCGGCGGUUCCCCGAGCGCGAGCCCCGGACGCGGCCUCAGCCCGGGGCACGUCCUCAGCAAGCUGAGCAAGGACAGCGCCCAGAUCACGCUCUCCAUGAAGAGGAACUCCUUCCACUCCCUGAUCCAGCACACCCUCAGCGAGAAGGUCUCGCCGGGGCCCGGGCCCGGGGGCCUGGAGCUCAGGGGCCCCUACUGCAAAGAGCUGCUGGAGGAGGCGGCGCGCAAGUACAGAGAGGGGCUCUCCGCUCGGGACAUUCAGGCCGUCAAGGGCUCGGACGGGUACCCCAAAGACUCGCUGUCUAAGCCGCUAGGGACCAAGCUGGGCUCCGGAGACUCCCUGUCGUUCUCGGUGGAGGCCAUUCUGAAACGGGCCCCGCCCCCCGUGAACCGAGCCUUCCAUUAG